CCAUAAAGAGAAAGAGUAGGCACUAGGCACUAGAAAGAAAUGCCAGAUAACCUUUUUAGGUUCGAUUUUGUUGGAGAAGGAAAGAAGUUUAAUUUUCUAAUAAAUUAUAUUCCCAAAUAGUGGACAUUUAGUGCAAGUGCAUAUACAGAACGGCGUUUUGAAUUAUAAAAAUGGCAAGUCGAGCAGGAAAUUCAAGACGUGUUCCAGAAAAUGAAUCAGCAAUCACAUAUGUUCAAGCUGAUGGAUUGGCUGUGAUGAAGAUUGUCAAACAUUGUCACGAGGAAUCAACAACAAACAUGGAUAUUGCUCAAGGUGCUCUUCUAGGGUUAGUUGUUGAUGGACGUCUUGAAAUCACCAACUGCUUUCCAUUUCCAAAACAAUCAGAUGAAACCAUGGAUGAAGAUGAAUACCAACUAGCCAUGAUGCGAAGGCUGAGAAGAGUAAAUGUAGAUCAUUUUCAUGUAGGAUGGUACCAGAGUGCAGAUGUGGGCAAUUUUUUAAGUCUUCCUCUACUCGAAUCACAAUUUCAUUACCAAACUUCAAUUGAAGAGUCUGUUGUUGUAAUUUACGACACCCAGAAAUCGGCCCGAGGUUUUUUGACAUUCAAAGCUUACCGUUUGACUCCUCAAGCCAUAGAGAUGUACAAAGAAGGAGAAUUCACACCUGAAGCUUUACUCAAGUUGAAGGUUGGAUAUGAAAAUCUUUUUACUGAGGUUCCAUUCUUGAUCAAAAAUUCACCUCUUUGUAACAUCAUGAUGUCCGAAUUAGCAGAAAUGGUACCUGAAGAAGAGGGGUCGAAGUUUUUGGAUUUAGGAACAGCAUCAGUAUUAGAAGGCCAACUUCGAUGUCUGAUGGAUCGUGUUGACGAGCUCAAUCAAGAAGCAAUCAAGUUCAACAGAUAUCAACAACUAGUGAGUAGACAACAACAAGACAAGCACAGAUACUUGCAAAAGCGAGCUCAAGAGAAUGCUGCGAGGGCUGCUAAAGAUGAGCCCCCUCUCCCUGAAGAGGAUAUGAGCAAACUCUUCAGACCUCAUCCUGUUCCUCCUAGGCUGAACCCCAUGAUCAUUGCAGGACAAGUUAAUACAUAUAGCCAGGCCAUUUCCCAGUUUUGUUCGCAGUCUCUAGCUAAGUUAUAUGUUACUCAAGCACUGCAGAAUGCUAAAGAAGCCAACACUAAUCCUUAAGAUAUUCACUUGUCCACAAGAUUUAUUGAACAA